AUGCGGUUCCUGCACCUGAUUCGGCCCGUCAUGUGCGUGCUGCCCGAGGUGGCGCACCCGGACCGCAAGAUCCCGUUCCGCGAGAAGGUGCUCUGGACGAUCAUCACGCUCUUCAUCUUCCUCGUGUGCUGCCAGAUCCCGCUCUACGGCAUCCAGACGUCCAAGUCGUCGGACCCGCUCUACUGGAUGCGCGUCAUCCUGGCGUCGAACCGCGGGACGCUCAUGGAGCUCGGCAUCAGUCCCAUCGUCACGUCCGGCCUCGUCAUGCAGCUCCUGGCCGGGUCCAAGAUGAUUGAAGUGGACCAGUCGCUCAAGGAAGACCGCGUGCUCUUUAGCGGCGCCCAGAAGCUCUUUGGGAUCCUCAUUACGCUCGGGGAAGCCGUGGCCUACGUGGUCUCGGGCAUGUACGGCAACAUCUCGGACAUUGGCGCGUUCAACGCCAUCCUCAUCAUCCUCCAGCUCCUCUGUGCCGGUGUCUUGGUCAUUAUCCUCGACGAGAUGCUGCAGAAAGGCUAUGGCCUCGGCUCGGGCAUCUCGCUCUUUAUUGCGACGAACAUUUGUGAGAACAUUGUGUGGAAAGCCUUUUCGCCCACGACGAUCAAUACUGGACGAGGCACGGAGUUUGAAGGCGCGAUCAUUGCGCUGUUCCAUCUGCUGAUCACGCGCUCGGACAAGCUUCGGGCACUUAAGGAAGCGUUCUACCGCCAGAACUUGCCCAAUGUGACCAACUUGCUGGCGACGAUGUUUGUCUUUAUUGUCGUGAUCUACUUUCAAGGGUUCCGGAUUGACCUGCCGGUCAAGUACCAGAAGCUGCGUGGACAGCAAGGCACGUACCCGAUCAAGCUCUUUUACACGUCCAACAUGCCGAUUAUCCUGCAGACGGCACUGGUGUCGAACUUGUACUUCAUCUCGCAGCUGCUGUACAGGAAGUUCAGUGGCAACUUUUUGGUCCGUCUGCUCGGUGUGUGGCAGGAUGUGGAAGGCAGUGCCGGACAGACUGUACCGGUCGGCGGGGCUGCGUACUACAUGUCGGCCCCGAGCAAUUUGGCGCAGAUCUUGUACGACCCGCUGCGUUUCGUGCUCUACGUCGUCUUCAUCCUGGGCUCGUGUGCACUCUUUUCCAAGACGUGGAUUGAGAUCUCGGGCUCGUCGGCUCGUGACGUGGCGAAACAGCUGCGCGACCAGCAGAUGGUGAUGAAGGGCCACCGUGACUCGUCGAUUGUGCACGUGCUGAACCGCUACAUUCCUACAGCUGCUGCGUUCGGUGGCAUGUGCAUUGGUGCACUGUCAAUGGUGGCUGACCUGCUGGGUGCUAUCGGUUCGGGCACUGGUAUUUUGCUGGCUGUGACCAUUAUCUACCAGUACUUCGAGACGUUUGCACGGGAGCAGGCAGAGAUGCCGCUUAGCGGCCUGUUUGGCUUCUAA